UAUCUGCAAACAGGCGUAGCCAAACAUCAAUCAAACACCAACCAUGGAUGACUUGAUCACGCUAAUUCGUACGGAGAUUCCCGAGGGACGGAAAAAUCUGCAGGAAAGUUUUUCCAAUCUCGAACGGGUGGCGGAAUAUUGUGAGGAUACGUAUUAUCGCUCCGACAACAAGAAAGCAUCACUGGAGGAGACGAAAAACUACACAACGCAAUCGCUGGCCAGCGUAGCGUACCAAAUCAACACGCUCGCCUUUAACUUUCUGCAGUUGAUGGAUCUGCAGGCGACCCAAAUGGCUGAGAUGGAGUCGCAGAUGAAUCAUAUCUCGCAGACGGUAAUGAUCCACAAGGAAAAGGUGGCACGGCGCGAGAUUGGCGUACUGACGGCGAACAAGAUAAGCUCGCGGCAGUACAAAAUUGUCGCCCCGCUCAACCCGGAGAAACCGAUCAAGUACGUGCGCAAACCGAUUGACUACACGCUGCUGGAUGAUGUGGGCCAUGGGAUCGCGCUGACCAACAAUAAUCAGAAAAAGCAUCGCGUCUCGAGCCAGGGCUCGAUCCAGACGACGAUUUCGCCGAACGUAUCGGUUGGUCCGCCACCAACGACCAAACCUCCUACACCGCCACAAAUGACGCGCAGUGCAGGACACUCGGGUACGCUUGGUAAGCCGGUCAGCAAUACCGGUACGUUGGGAAAAGCGUCCCGGGAAUAUCGUACACCGCCGGUCGUUGUACCGCCCCAAGUGCCGUCACACUACGCGCCAAACUAUCCGGUAGGUCAUCCACGGCGAACCUCCAGCAGCGGGGGGGCUGAACGGGGCCCGGGAUAUAGCGCACUACCGAUGCCGAUGCCACCGAGUCAGGUGGUGAUGCAUCAUCCGCCCCAGAUUGGAAUGGUACACCCAAUGCAGUCCGGACCGGUUAUGCAACAUCAGUCAACAUUCGAAGAGCGUAACAGUAUGCCUCCACCUCCUUCACCGCUCACUGUAACACAUGAGCUGCCGGACCACAGUCACAUCGGUAUGCACACGUUGAGCCGUAACAUGCCACGUCCAGGCUCCCAAUCGCCACCACUGCCGCCACCGCCACCGCCAGAGGAAUCGGACCACGCCGACUUUGGACGUCCGCGCAAUACGCAGAACAGUCUAGUCGCACCGAUUGUGCCGGACGAUCAAAACUUGCCCGGCUGGGUACCGAAGAACUAUAUCGAGAAGGUCGUCGCCAUCUACGACUACUACGCGGACAAGGAUGACGAGCUUAGCUUUCAGGAGAGCUCGGUACUGUAUGUGCUGAAGAAGAACGACGAUGGAUGGUGGGAGGGCGUUAUGGACGGUGUGACGGGCCUUUUCCCGGGCAACUAUGUAGAACCGUGCGUUUAGAA